CGUGCAUGAACCACGGAAGAGGGUUUCCGUCUGGCGAAGCUCUCUAUUGGCGCGGGUAGGACAUCCUUGCACUGCUGGGCGAGGGCUUGCCUCGACUCGAUCACCAUCCAGGAUUAUUCCAAAAGACUGUGAAGCCCUCGAAUGCUUCAAUGAUUCACGGGUGGUUCCUAGGCGGCCCCGACCGACGCCCUUCUGACCUUUACGAGCCCAGGAGCUUCGUGAACCCGAUAGCUGGGGGGUAUAAAUCUCCGUAGCGCCUGUCGCAAAGUCCUCAGCGUCCAACGCCAGAUAGGACACCAAAGUCAACAUCGUCAUAGAUCUGGAUAUCUGGACCCUGAACCAUUCUCCAUCACUCAACACCAGAAGUACGCGUUAGAAUUGUACAUCUUACAGCCGUCGCGACCAGCUUUGUUGCCCCGAUCGCAUUAUGGCGAGCCUACCUGGCUUCACCACCAACUUCCCUGCGGGCUAUCCGACGUUCCAGACCAGAAGUACCUUCCCAGGUGGCGCGAGCACAAGUUCUGGCGGAUCGCCCUCUGGCCAAAACGCCUCUUCAUCGCCUCAAUUCGACAUCUUCGAUUGGCACCCCGCAUAUCAGAGUUGCCAGCGAUACUUUCUCGACCAUGCUCAGCAUGACAACGGUGUCCAAGCCGUAGCCGCCCUGAUCAAUAUCUGCUUGCCCUUCCAGUGGUCAACAAAUCCUAUUAUGAGCGCUUCUGGACCUCUCCCCCAUUCAUCUGGUCCUGCUGCUUACAACCUACCAUGGCCGCGACAAGGUCCUGUCACCAAUUCGAGAGGUCAGCCUGCACCUGCAUGGAUCUCUCUGGUACCCUACAUACGGCGUCUUGUCAUCACCGGUAUGGACAGGGACGGCAUCAUGCACGGUUUCUUUGGCGAGGACUGGAGAAAGGGUGUCGGACCAGUUCACGAAUGCGAGCGACGCAACUAUCUUUUUGCGGCCAAGAGUGGAGGAUGGGAGAAGGUCAAAUGCCAGUACGACAUGUCUCCACACGAGUCGGUUCCUUUCCUGAAGCCUUUACAAGACGUCCAGCUGGCGGAGAUUGAGGGCGCCGAGAAGACCUGGAGUCAGUGGCUGGCCAUGGAAGAUUGGAUGGUGGGUCCACGGGCACCAGAAGCCGAGGCUCAACCGGGAGAUGCUCGUCGUCGUGGGUCUUGAAAUCAGGAUUGAAGUGUGGUGUCUGUUAGUAUUUGUGAAUCGUCAAGCCGGGUGCUUGACCUUAAAUCGUGCGAAGAAGCGCCUAAGAAUCGCGUUGGUUGGUAAUGGAGACGGUGCACCGCCUGCGGCCAGGUGGCAUAACGGCGAUAUUGGUAUCAACAUCGGAACCAAUGUUCUUUUCUCGGGUUCCGUGUCAUAGUUAUAAGAGAUUAUUAUAGGUAUGCCCUCGUCUACGAAGUCGAUGGCUCAAGGUAGCUAGCCUUGCCCAAACUGCAAAGCAACCCUCCAAUCUAUCGGUAUGAGCGCGACUUUGUGGAAUGGAGCAAGAGUGCAGACGAAAUGCAGUCACCUCCGGC